AUGCCGCUAGUAACAGCUUUUGGCGAGGUAGGUUUCGACCACACUGAAGCCAUGUCUAAAUGGCAGGAUCAGGUCGAGUUGCUCCAUAGACUUCUGCCUUUUCUAGAGGCCAGGCAUCUCCUGGUUGUGCACUGUAGGGGAGUGAGGGGAGACUCUGGAGACUGUGAGUUCGCCAUAAGAUCUCUUUUGUUUCAUCUGAAACUGGGUGGCGUUCCACAGUCCCAGAGGAUCCAUUUUCACUGCUUUACAGGCACUAAGUCCCUUCUGGAAAUUUGGGGAAGGCAGCAGCCAAAUACCUUUUUUGGUUUCACCCGGGUUGCUGCCACCUUUAACAAAAAUCAAGUAGCAGCACUUAGGGCGGUGCCUGACUCCAAACUUCUUUUGGAGUCUGAUGCCCCCUAUUUCGCUAGCAAAAAGGGGGGCCAUUCAACACCCUUUACUCUCUAUGAAACGGCAGAGAUAUUGGCGGGGCACAGAGGAGUGGAUGUCUCUCACAUUUUAAAAAUCACUACUCAAAAUGGUACUUCCUUGUAUAAAAAGGAGUAA